UUGAGCUUAAUUUUUCAUCAGAGAUAUGCCACAAGAACAUUUUUAAAACACUAUAAACACACAUUUCAUCAUUGUGGGUCUUUAAUGGGUUCAAGCCUAACACAACUACCGGUACUUUAGGGUGAAGACAGGUUAAACCCUGCAUGGAUCACCUGCAAUCGCAAUGUUCCCUUUGUCAAAGACAAACAGUAAUAAAAGUUCUUGUUCUGAUAAAAACGAAUAAAAAAAGAUGUCCAGUGUUUAUCAACUGUAAUUUAUUAUUGAAAAAUUAAAUUUUUUUGUCAAGGCUUGAUAAAGGCUGGUGUUCUUUUCCUGCUUUUUCUAUAUUUCUCCAAAAUCGUAGUUACUUAGAUUUACAAGUUAGCAAACAUGACAACUAUGAGACAUGUACGUUUCCGGUACAAAAAGUUGUGCUAACAACAUAAAGGCUCGCAUCAAAUUAAGGCCUUGAAGGAUUCACUUUGUUGGAAAUGGUAAGGUGCAGAUUGCCAACCUUCAUAAAAAAUAAAAAUCAGCUAAGCCAAAAGCACAAACUGACAUAAAAACCAUUUGGGGUUGUAAUGAAAUUUUCAUAUGUUUUGCAUAACUUCUACAGUCCGUUGUUCAUAUGUUUAAAUGCUUCCCUUCUUAGAAGGGUGGGAGGAGUUCAUUUUUCCAUACGGUAAAACCUUUCACUGCUGUUUUAGAAUCUCAGAUAUUUUGUUGGGCAGAAUCACUCCCUGAUUUACAUUCUCUCCAGCAACACUGCAGCAAGGAGCUACUUAACUUUGGAAGCAAGGCAUCAUGGAGCAACUCAACCUGACUGCUGUAACUUUGGACAGCUCCUCCAUCACUGGACGUCUCCCUUCUCCUUCCAUGGACUCUGGAGGUGUGGUGCCUGCAGUGCUUAUGUCUCUCUGCUUUCUGGUGGGACUUCCUGGAGCCCUUGCUGUCAUCAUUCUGAAGCCAAAUUUUCAGCAGCUGUCCAGCAUGACCCAGAGUUUGAUGCUGAAUCUGGCCGUGUCAGACUUGCUUGUCAUGCUGACGGUCCCUCUAUGGGUUUACAAUCUGCUCUACGGUUGGAUCUUCGGCUUGGUGGUCUGUAAAAUCAUAAGAUAUUACAUGUACUGCUGUGUUUAUGCAAGCUUGCUGACAAUAGUUACUUUGAGCCUCCAGCGUUACAUGCUUGUGGUGCACCAGCAGUUUUUCAAUCAGACAAAAAUGAGAUUGAUUUUGGUUUUGCUUUGGCUGGUUGCACUGAUUCUUUCGAUCCCUGCUUGUGUGGUUCAUCAACUGACCCUUAACCAGGAGUUGGUGCAAUGCAAGAAUAUGUACUCCUCCAGAGCCCAGAAGAUGGCUAUUUUUCUGGCAGAGUGCAUAGUAGGAUUUACUUCAUUAUUUAUUAUAACAUUUUCAUACAUUCAGCUUUACAGGAAGUUGAAGCAAACUCCAUUUUUUAACAACCCUCAGACAUCCAGAUUGGUUACCAGUAUCAUCAUUGUGUUCAUCUGCUUUUGGAUUCCCUACUGUAUUGCAGAUGUUCUCAGAGUGGCAGCAACUGUCUUACAAAAUGAGAGGCUUGAGAAAGUAUUUGAAAACAUGCAGGAUAUCACUGGAGCUAUUAUAUACUUAAACAGCUGUCUGAAUCCACUCCUUUAUACAUUCAAUUCUCACAUUUGUAAAUGUGGGAGGCAGGUGAACCACUGACGUUGAUGUUCUUCCACGGAUUCUUAAUCUCCACUGAUUAAAAAUUGUCAGAUGACUUUAUUCACAACACAAUCUGGCUGUUUUGUCACAGCAUUGUAGUUGGUGAUGUACCUCAAGUUUCUUUAUAAACUUUUAGCAAUGUGACAUGAAUGUAAAGAAAAUGUAUUUGAAUAUUCAAAUGACCUAAAAUUUAAAUAAAGUUCCAUAGUAAGUCAUAGAUUCUAAAACAGCUUUAUGAAAAUUUAAAGUUGAAAAUUAUGUAUUUAAAAGUCUCUAUGUGUGAAAUAAAAUAUAACUUUUUAAGCUUUACUUCAUUACCAUAACUUUGUAGAAGUCUAUUCUAUACAAUUUAUGAAUAUUUCAUUAAAAAGUAAGUGAGAAUAAGAUUAGGAGGGAAUAGAUGUGUUUAUCAUAGCCUGGUUUAAUGCAAUUAAUUCUUGUGUUAAAAACCAAUCUGU